AUGGGCAACGAAGCUUCUCUUCCUGAGCUGUGCUCUACUUUUGAUGUUGAAGAGAUCAAAAGGUUGGCUAAAAGGUUCAAAAAAUUAGAUCUCGAUGGUUCUGGUUCCCUGAGUGUCAAGGAGUUUAUGAGUUUACCAGAGCUGAAGCAAAAUCCUUUGGUUGCCCGUGUCAUAGAAAUUUUUGACACGGAUGGGAAUGGUGAAGUGGACUUCAAAGAAUUUAUAAACGGAAUGUCACAGUUUAGCGUCAAGGGUGAUAAAGAUGCUAAGCUGCGCUUUGCCUUUAAGAUAUAUGACAUGGACAAGGACGGCUAUAUCAGCAACGGUGAACUAUUUCAGGUUCUCAAAAUGAUGGUCGGUAACAACCUGAAGGAGACUCAGUUACAACAAAUAGUUGACAAGACAAUUAUGUUUGCAGACAAGGAUGGUGAUGGACGCAUUUCGUUUGAAGAGUUCUGUGAAGUUAUCCCCCACAUUUGGUGCACUGUCUCUCGAUCUGCGCGUUAUACCCCCGCCGGUUUAUGCUUCCAUUUCCUUUUGUAA